AUGUCUGCCACUUCGACCACCCGUAAUGUCGGCAUCGUCAGCCUCGAUGCCGACUUUGAUCGCCUCAUUGGCAGCUCGGCAAGUAUGCGAAGGCUGCUUGUCGACGCCAACGGUCAGCAGACCUUCCACGAGGCAGGCAUCUACCUGCCCAAGCACGGCAAGGUCUACCUCUCCUCUAAUCGCCUCGAGCACUCCGAGCAUGGCCAGCGCGCCCUCAUUGUUGGAGUGCCGUUGAGCAAGAUCCCCUCUGCGAGUAUCGACGUCGAGCGCUCGCAAGAGGGUCUCCUCCAAGAGCUGUCAGCGGAGCAGCAAGAUGCGCUGUGGUCUCAACUCGAAAUCCUCGACGACCUCCCCGACCAUCUAGCCAUGCCCAAUGGUGCUACCAACUGGGAUGACGACAGCGUACUCUGGUGCGAACAGGGACUGGACUCGCGUAACGUCGCUUCCACGCUGGUGAUUCACCAUGUCGACGGCCACAAGACCAAGACGGUGCUGUCCAACUUCCAAGGAAAGCCUUUUUCCAGCUUGAACGACGUUGUCAAGCACCCUACCACAGGCUGUGUCUUCUUCACCGACCCAGACUACGGCGUCGAGCAGUCGUUCAAGUCGAGCCAAAGAGAGUAUGCUCCCAACGGGAUCUACGUCUGGAACCCGGCGACCAAUCAAGUCCGACUCUUGGACGCCUCCAACUACGUCAAGCCCAAUGGAGUCACAUUUGUGCCCUCCUCCGCCAACGAUGGGUCGGGACUGCUGAUCACGACUGAUACCGGCCGCUUCCGUUUCCACCGCAACGACAAGAUGGGCGAUUUCUACGUGGAUGACAACGGCCCGUCGCUCCUCUAUUCAUACAAGGUGCAUGCCGACUCUGCCUCUAAAGACGGCCUGCCAGCAGUAAAUGUUGAGUCGCGGCGCGAGUUUGCACAGUCCGCGAAUGGGGUGCCGGACGGUGUUCACGUUGACACGGAGGGUAACGUGUGGGCUGGUCACGGCGAUGGCGUGCACGUCUACCAGCCGCAAUCGGAUGGCAGCGGCAAGCUGAUCGGCAAGUUUGUGAUUCCGGGCGGCAAGGGUGUGGCCAACUUCUGCUGGGCAGGCAAGACCAGCUCGGGAGCAUAUCGACUGCUCCUGUUUGCCGAAGAUGAGCUUUGGGAAGUGCUUGUCGGCGUCAAUGGUCAUGAUUAG